AUGGCGAAGUCUGUGAUUCGGACGGCAUGGCGUGUAUCGGGCGAAACGUGGAGAUACUUGUCAAUCUCCCAAAGAACCUCGCCAAAUGCACCUGUAUACCUCAGUGUGCCGAGCUCAACUACUACUCUCAUACAAAGAAGAUCCUUGUUCGUUUUGCCGUUUGGUUUGGAUGUUGGAAUAUUAGGUGUUGCGGCGUAUUUUUAUACAAAAUUACCGAAGCCUGAAUCUAAUAAUGUUAGUAGUAUAUUUGGGCCCGAAUCUGGGUCGAAGGAGAGUGAGAAACAUCCUGACCGAGUUGUUAAAUGCAUAGCUCACAGAGGAGCUGGAUUGGACGCUCCAGAGAAUACAAUGCAGGCUUUUAAAUACUGUGUUGCAAUGGAGUGCAAUUUUGUAGAGAUGGAUGUGAGAGCAUCUCGUGAUGGCCAGCUGGUGCUCCUUCAUGAUCAGGGUCUGGAACGGCUCACUGGAACUGACAUUGCUGAUGUAAGGAUCAUGGACUGGGAUAGCAUUAAGGAUAUUAAUGUUGGUGUAACACAUCCUAAUAGGCAACACUACAAAGAUGUCACUCUUUGUUUGCUAGAUGAUGCCAUAGAUUAUCUCUUAGCCAAUAAAGUUAAGAUGAUAAUUGACGUCAAGGGUGAAGACAAGCAGGUAAUAAAUGGUAUUCUUCGUGUGUUCUCGUCCAAUCCAAUUUUGCAUGAAUACGCGGUUGUGACCACAUUCAACCCAUUCAUAUUAUAUCAGAUACGAAAAAAAGAUCCCAAUAUUGUUGGCGCCAUUAGCUACCGUCCAUACUGCUUUAGUGCUUUGAACUAUGAUGCCGAGAACGGACCCACCAACCCUAGAUUCGCUGGUCGUUUGGCAAUGCAAACAUUCGUUCGGUUCUUGGACGUGAUCCACUCAGCAUUGUGGCGUUGGACAGCUCGGUGGUGUUCAGUUAGCGCAGUUCUACUACACAAGGAUAUUGUCAGUCCACGUGAAGUGGAAUAUUGGCGCGGUCUGGGCAUUCGAGUGGCUGGUUGGUGCGUGAAUAGGCCAGUCGAGAAGUUGUACUGGCGGGCUGUUUUACGGGCGCCGUAUUUGGCCAACACGCUGAUGGGGGAGCCAGAGAUUGAAAAGAAAGUGAUGCACCAUGAUGAGGAUUCCGAGCCGGAGCGUCCAAUCCGUUGUAUGGAGCUGGAGAAAAAAUUAUCUUCCGGUCAGAAUUAA